AUGAAGAAGUGCCGCGCAGCUCUGAACUCGGGAGCCAUGCGGCCCGUGGAGCCAGCAGUAAAAGCCAGCAGGCCUUUUCUCCACUUGGCUGUGGGAAAGGGCGUGUGGGAGAGACCGACGGACGCUGGGCCAGAAGCGUGCGAGGUGGUGACUGUCAGCGUGUAUAAUUGGACAGUUGACGAGGUGGUUCAGUGGCUCAUUACCUACGUAGAGCUGCCACAGUACGAAGAGACCUUCAGAAAGUUGCAACUGAGUGGACAUGCCAUGCCCAGGCUAGCAGUGAACAACGCUACCAUGAUGGGAAGUGUUCUGAAAAUGACAGAUCGAAGCCACAGGCAGAAGCUGCAGCUGAAAGCUCUGGACACAGUGCUGUUUGGGCCCCCUCUCUUAACUCGUCACAAUCACCUGAAGGACUUCAUGCUGGUGGUGUCCAUUGUCAUUGGCGUGGGUGGCUGCUGGUUUGCCUACAUCCAGAAUCGCUAUUCAAAGGAGCACAUGAAGAAGAUGAUGAAAGACCUCGAGGGACUCCACAGAGCUGAACAGUCUCUCCAUGACCUUCAAGAAAGACUUCAGAAGGCUCAGGAGGAGCAUCGCUCUGUGGAGGUGGAAAAGGUGCACCUGGAGAAGAAACUGCAAGACGAGAUCAGCAUCGCCAAGCAGGAGGCACACCGGCUCCGAGAACUGCGGGAGGGCACGGAGAAUGAACUGAGCAGGCAGAAAUACGCUGAGCAAGAACUGGAGCAGGUGCGGAUGGCGCUCAAGAACGCCGAGAAGGAGCUGGAGUCCCACUGCAGCUGGGCUGCCCCCGAGGCCCUGCAGAAGUGGCUCCAGCUGACCCAUGAGGUGGAGGUCCAGUACUACAACAUCAAGAAACAGAAUGCGGAGAAGCAGCUGCUGGUGGCCAAGGAAGGGGCUGAAAAAAUUAAAAAGAAGCGAAACACCCUGUUUGGAACAUUUCAUGUUGCUCACAGUUCAUCUCUAGAUGACGUUGAUCAUAAAAUCUUAACUGCAAAGCAAGCGCUGAGCGAAGUGACGGCUGCGCUGCGGGAGCGCCUGCAUCGCUGGCAGCAGAUAGAGCUGCUCUGUGGCUUCCAGAUCGUCAACAACCCAGGCAUCCACACCCUGGCAUCAGCCCUUAACAUUGACCCCAGCUGGAUGGGCACCCCGCGGCCUAACCCCUCGCACUUCAUCAUGACUGAUGACGUGGAUGAUUUGGACGAAGAGAUCGUGUCUCCCAUGUCCAUGCAAUCUCCUGCCUUGCCCAGCACAGUUCGCCAGCGCCUGGUGGACCCACAGCAUGCCCACGGAUCUCAGAGGUUGGUAGAGAGUUAUGUGCAAGGCCAGAAUGAGUCGGGCCAACCUGCCCUUUACCGGGCAGGCAGAGUCUCUCUCCGUCGAAUGCACAGCCUCUCCUCUGGACAGUCUUUCAGUUCCGACCUUCCCGGCACCAGCCCAUCAUCUGCUGCCACCACCACCUCUUCCACCUCUUGCUCCUCAUCCACCACCACUGCAUCUGCUCCUGCUUGCCAUGUCCACCCUAUCUAUUACCAUCACACCACCUCCUCUUAUUUCCUUCAGAUGGACUCCAUCCCUGAUCUGCCCCCUCCUGAUGUCACCUCUGGAGUUCACUGUCGCACUGAGAGCUUUGG